UCCAUAGCCAACAUGAAUUACUUCGUAGUUUGUUCCUUAUUGGUUAUCUACAUGACUGGAACCUGCUUCCGUCCAGUGGCGUGCCAAUCAUCUGACGCUUCAGGUGGUGGAUAUGGCUCAGCUGGCAACGAUGGAAGCGGCUACAGCGGGGGAACGAACGAAAAUACAGCCUCAGGUACUGUCGGUGGAGUCGGAAGGGUACUAGGCUCAUUGGGCAUGUCUUCUAGGUCUUCUGGUGAAUCUGGAACAAGCGGAAGCAACGGCGCUCAGGGUGGUGGCUCGGGCACUGCUCACACCGACUAGUAACAUACCUACUCGAGUAUAUUUAACUGUUAGGUACCGUUAAUUAUUAGGAAAUCCAAACGUCAAGGAAUUUGACGUUUGUAGGUUGAAAAGUGCACCCAUUGUUGUAUAUUUAGUGUCCCUUUACGAAAUAAACCAAAUUGUUGCUUGUUAAAUUAC